AUGCUAUUCAAAGGCGUGGUCUUGAACGUCCUGGCGGAGCGCGAAAAUCUCAAGAAAAUUGGGUUGAAUCUGAAGUUCGACGUUUUCGAGAUGCAGUCAGAGGCCAACGUUGGCACAGGCAACGCCUUCCAGGUUGACUUCGACGCCGCAAUGAACACCGGAAUUCCAGGGCGUGUCCCGUCGGUCAUCUGGGACAAGAUCCCCUCCGAGUAUCAGUACAUUGUGCCUGCCGCUGGUGAUCUGGCCAGCUUCGCUGCCGAGGCGUUGGCAUCGACUGCGGAUAUGCACCGAGAAGAGCUUCGCAACCGUAACCUCGUCGCAUAUGAUCUCUUCGUCAAGUCACUCCAUGGGGGUAAAACCGUUGACGUCUCCACACCAUGCACUACUCGUGGUAAGGUUGGAGAUAUCCAGCACGAUUCCAUCCAGAAGGUCCUCAAGUUUGUGGAAGACAAUGUCCCCGAGAUCAAGAUCGAGUUCCACUAUAGCCACACCGUCGUCGAUGCUGAUUUUUCUACCCCAACCAAGCCCAAGCUGAUCGUACGCAAAGAUGGCGGCGGCGGAGAUGGCAUCCAUGAGUACGAGUUCGAUUUUGUUCACUUUGCUCAUGGGACAACCUGGAAAGAUCCUGUUUCAAACCCGGGCGUCGUUCAGAACGCCUUCUCCGGGACCCCCAACUCUGCGUCUGUCCGCCGGUUCCUCUCUGACAAAGGGCUCCUCAGCGGAGACAAGAUCAGGUCUGAUGCCCAGCCGAGCCUGUGUAUCACCGUCAUGUCCUUGUCGGCCUACGACUUCAUUCCCAUCAUCCUGCGGUACACGAAUAUGAUUUGUUUUAGCCACUCGAAGAAUUGCUAUGAAAUAGACAGCGUUGCAGCGGAGCAAUACCAGGGUCUGUUCACAUUCAUCAGCCGCACAAGGGGAAAAACCGCUCCCCCUCGCCACCACUUCAGUCAUCAAUGGCCUGGCAGAAAGCUCUCUCACAAUGGGACGUUUGUAGACACAAAUCAAGUGCAUGCCAUGUUCCUGAAGAAAGAUUUCGACUGGCUCUCUUUUUCUCGCCCUCUUCUCUAUCACGGCGUUGCUUACGAGCGUCAUACCACCCCUCGGAAAAUCAACAUUUUGGACUGCAAGAUGACAACUGCGGCGCGAACGGCAGCCUACCACGCUCAGACAGCCCUACAUAGGAUUGGCGAGGUAACGGAGAUCGGUCUCAUUCGUGCAGGAUAUCAUGCAAUAUUCGAGGGCUUUGGCUUCGAGAAUAACCCCGAUGACGCUCAUGCAAAGUUUGUCGACAGAGCCCCCCUUUCACGCAAGGGCCGCGAGGGCUGGCUGGUGCGCCGUUCCGCUUUGUUUGACGUCACGCAUCCCGACUUUGUGAAGGACCAGUCAAACAGAGAGUUCUUCCGCAAUGUGGAAGAGCUGAUUUUGUCCUUCUCAGCCUCGCCAGUUGCCGUGCAGGACCUUAUUUCCCAGCUCUUCUCUCUUGGUGUUGCCACCCACGUCGUAGGCGAAUGCAGCGAUAUCGAGUAUGAUAAUGAGCACCAAAAAAUUGCUCUUAACAUCACGUUAGACGGGGGUGGCAUUAAGAGACGUCAUUUCGAUGCAAUGUUCGCGUCCAAGACAAUCACGAGCCACGCCGACAUCCUCUUACAAGCUAUCAAAAGCAAAGCGAUGGAGGCCACCGAGUUGAAGGGGGCUGAAGCGAAGGUCAAGUUGUUCUCCGAGGGGGUUCUCGAAUAUGCUAAGGGCAGGUUCCUCCAAACUGUCGACAGAACCCUCAUUCAUGCCACAGACGCUGGCUUGGGUGGCCACGGUGAUGAUGCCAAAGGAUAUAGGGUGGGCAUGCAGUGGACGGACACCCACGAUCUCGCUUCUAGCGCCAAUUGGGCCGCCACCGCAUCCCGCACGCUCGUUCUUCUCAGCGCGAUGAAGGCCGACGGAAUGAAGGCCGGCUACGACAGUUCUCCGGUCCAGGACCUCAUGAAGAUCUACGAAGACUCGCUUCCGACCGACAAGGCGUUCGAAGAGGAGGCAGCCUCCUUUGAGCAGGACUGGCUCGAGCUUGUCAAGAAGAAGGGCUUCCUCGACACCUGUGAGCACUUCGCGAAGGACGCGGACGACUACUGCGAUCUUGCUGGCAAUGCGUUCGACCACGACUCCCGCCAGAAGUGCCUUUCCCGCCUUGCUGAGCGACACCAUUCGCACUGCAUAUUGGAGGGCGUGUACGCGUACGACCUCAAGCGGCGGAACGAAGCAGGGGUGUACAAUCCCGUCAACAAGAAGCAGUUCUUCAGACGCUUCGUCGACUUCACGUCCGGCGAACUUGAGCGCUGCUGGAACAACUGGUGGGACUCUAAGUUCCUGGAGACUGCAGCAGAUGUCACGGCAUGA